CACCACCACCCUGAAAGACGCGUCUUUGGCGCCUUGCUGCCCCUGGCUUUCAAACAGCCACAGCGAAGACCUCAGGCACGAGAGAAUGGCGCUCUAACAGCCAGUGGCUGAAGUCGGCACCUGUGGCAGAGCCCUCCAAUCACAGUAGCAUUUACAAGCCGCCACUGUUUCCCGGUGCCUUCGUUUCAAGGAGCAGGUGUGAGUUGUGCAUGCCUUUGCGACCUCAGGCGUCUCGAAGCUGUUCCGCCAUAAUCUCCCAAGCCGACGUACGCAACGCGGCGGCAACUGUUUCGAUAUUUAUGCUAUAUAAUGGACUCAAACCUUCUCAACUGUAGAGUCUUGUUCACUAGGCCGGUCCACUUUCUUCAGUUCUCAUACCAAUACAACACCUAAUACCUCGAUUCUCUUCUCCGCAAACCUUCUUUACCUAAACGAGCUAGACUCUUUUCCAACCCAAUCAUAAUGCAUUUCUCCACCAUCUUCGCGGCUGCCGCCCUCGCUAGCACCGCUUUCGCAGAGAACCAUGUUGUUGCUGUCGGUACCAAGACUGGCGAACUUGUCUUUCAACCAGAUAGCAUCAAGGCAGCUCAGGGCGAUACCGUCACUUUCCGCUUCUGGCCCAAGAACCACUCUAUCGCCCAGGCGGCCUUUGCCAAACCCUGUGAGCCCCUUGAAAGGGGCUUCUGGUCUGGUUUCGUUCCCACCACCAAUGCACAGGCCGCCGCCAACCAGACCUUCGUAUACGAAGUCAAGAAUGCUUCUGCGCCUAUUUGGUUCUACUGCUCGCAAGGACAGCACUGUCAGGCUGGCAUGGUUGGUGUGAUCAACCCACCUCAAUCCGGUGAGAGGACUUUGGCUGCUUUCAAGAACUCCUCCAAGGCUGCUACUAGCAACGUUUCACCCUCAUCUACCGCUGGUACUGGUGGCAAGCUCGCCGAGAACAGCAGCUCUUCAACAUCUGGUGGACCUUCGUCAAGCGCUUCCGGACCUGCUCGAUCAACUGGCGCCGCAUCGCAACUCACUGGCAACGUUGCCUUCGCCGGUUUCGCCGGCCUGUUCACAUACUUCUUGCUUUAAGCCUACGUUAGAGAGAGAAUAAAUAAGAUACCUUGAAGGUGCUAGGGGCCGAAGAAACGGGUCUCAAUGGCGAACAGUUUGAAGCACAUAGGUUGGGCCGUCUGGUGAGAGUACAAGAAAUAGCCACGAAAUUGAGGAUGAGAAUCGGGGUAUGUCUUUGGUGUGUAUUAUACUAUGAGAAUGAAUGAAACUAGUCAACGCUCCAGCUUGCAUCUAUUAGUAUCGAAGUUGCCUCAAUUUCUGUGCAACCGUAUAUCCAACAUCGGACGAUGGACUGGAACAAUGUGUAGGCUGAUGAUCUGACCCGCCUGACCUCGAUAUAAAGCGAUGAGUUUUUGCU